AUGGCGGGCAAACUACCUUUACGCAUGAUGCCAGGCGUCCCAAUGGUGUCAUACAGGCCGCUGUCAAUGCGAGCUCUUUCAACUUGCCCCAGGUCGAACUUGUCAGUCGCAAGUGCUUUGAAGCCAUCUCCAUUACUCCCUCGACCUUUGGUUUCACAACCAUUCCGCCGUUCCUACGCCGAUGCUCCCAAAGUCGAGUUGUCUCCGACACCCAAACCCCGGCGACGGUUCAGAUUCCUUCGCUGGGCAUGGCGAUUGACCUACCUCUCCGUUCUCGCUAGUGUGGGAUACGUCAGCUAUCAGGUCUAUGACCUUCACCAUCCUCCAGAUCAAACCGACCCCGAUCCGAGCAAGAAAAAUCUUGUCAUUCUUGGUACCGGUUGGGGCACUGUAUCUCUACUGAAGAAGCUGGACACCGAAAACUACAAUGUUGUCGUCGUUUCGCCACGCAACUACUUCCUCUUCACCCCUCUGCUUCCCUCCUGCACCGUCGGCACCAUCGAACACAGGUCUAUCAUGGAGCCCAUUCGAAACAUCCUGCGACACAAAAAGGCAAAUGUCAAGUACUAUGAAGCCGAGGCUACCAAAAUCGACUAUGAGAAGAGAAUCGUGUACGCCAAAGACGAGUCAGAGAUCAAGGGUGACGUAAUGGAGACAGAGAUACCCUUCGAUAUGCUGGUUAUCGGUGUCGGCGCUGAAAACGCUACCUUCGGAAUCCCCGGUGUUCGCGAACAUGCUUGCUUCCUGAAAGAAGUCAACGAUGCUCAGAAGAUCCGCAAGCAGAUCAUGGAUUGCGUCGAAACUGCGUCUUUCAAGGAUCAGUCUCCAGACGAGAUCAGGCGCCUUUUGCACAUGGUCGUUGUUGGAGGUGGUCCCACAGGUGUUGAAUUCGCCGGCGAACUCCAAGAUUUCUUCAUGGAAGAUCUGCAGAAAUGGGUGCCGUCGAUCAAAGACAGUUUCCACGUCACUCUGGUCGAGGCACUCCCCAACGUUCUGCCCAUGUUCAGCAAGCAGUUGAUCGAGUACACUGAGUCAUCAUUCAAGGAAGAACAUAUUGAGAUCCGGACGAAGACGAUGGUCAAGAACGUUACCGACAAGUACAUAGAGGCAGAAAUCCAGAAGCCCGAUGGCAGCAAAGGUAUCGAGAAGAUCCCGUACGGAUUGCUUGUCUGGGCGACCGGCAACGCCGUGCGGCCUGUGGUCAAAGACCUCAUGUCUCAAAUCCCGGCUCAAGCCAAGGCCCGCCGCGGUCUCGAGGUCAACGAAUACAUGGUCGUGAAUGGCGCGGAGAACAUCUGGGCUGUUGGUGACUGUGCGGUCGCCAACUAUGCUCCUACCGCCCAGGUUGCCGCGCAGGAGGGAGCUUUCCUCGCCCGGCUCUUUAAUACCAUGGCCAAGACCGACGCGAUCGAGGCAGAGAUGCGCGAACUGUCCGCUAAGCAAGCCAAUGCCAAGCCAGAUGAACGCAAGGUCAUUCUGGAGGAGAUCAACGAGCGACAACGGCAAUUGCGCCGCGUCAAGCAGAUUGGCGCCUUUAGCUAUUCGCACCAAGGAUCAUUGGCGUACAUUGGCGCGGAGAAGGCUGUGGCCGACGUCAGCUGGUUCAGUGGUAACAUUGCCUCCGGGGGCACCAUGACCUACCUGUUCUGGAAGAGCGCAUACCUGAGCAUGUGCUUUAGCACACGGAACCGUAUCCUCGUCUGCUUCGACUGGGUCAAGGCCAAGUUCUUCGGCAGAGAUGUGUCGCGGGAGUAG